ACACAACAUCCAAAAUGAACUCAUUAAGAUUAGCCCAACUCGCCAGAAGAUCAAUUAGAAACCAAAAAUUAGCCAGAAGAGGUCACGGUCACGAACACCAUGAACUCGGCUCAUCAGAAUAUGGCAUGAACCCAAAUCUCCAAGCUUCAAUUUCAUUAGCUGUUAAAUUAGGUGCCUGUGCUGCUUUCUUUGCCUACCCAUUCUUAGUUGUCAAAUACCAAGCUGAAAAAAAGAAAAAUGCUUAAAUUCGUUUAUCAUUAUAAUAUAAUUUAGUAAUAAUAAUAAUAAUAAUAAUAUAAUUCAAGUUCAAAAUAAAAAAAAAUAAAUAAUUGUUAAUAUAAAUAUAAAUUUC